AUGUUGGCCGUCACGAGCCCCGCGACGACCAAAUCGCCUCUCGCGCUCACUGCACAGCCGUAUCUCUGCGGCGGCGCGUCCGCCGUCUUCGCGGCCGUCGCCAUCCACCCCAUUGACCUCGUCAAAGUGCACCUGCAGCUCGCGGGGCAGACCGGCGCGACCGUCACGGGCCUCAGCGUCACGCGGUCGGUCCUGGCCCAACAAGGCGUCGCCGGCCUCUACGCCGGUCUCUCGGCCGCCGUCGCGCGCCAAAUGGUCUACGGCACCGCGCGGCUCGGCAUGCACCGGGCGUUCUCCGACAAAAUGAUCGCCCGCCGCGUCGCACGGGGCGACAGCGCGUCGCUCCCGCUGUCCGUCAAGUCGGGUUCGGCCAUUGUCACGGGCGCGCUCGCCGCGACCAUGGGCUGUCCCAUGGACGUGGCGCUCGUGCGCAUGCAGGCCGACACGCUGGCCACGGCCGGCGACAAACGCGGCUACAAGAACGUCCUGGACGCCGUGUACCAGAUCGCGCGGUCCGAGGGCGUGGCCACGCUCUGGCGGGGCAGUGUGCCGCUCGUGGCCCGCGGGGCGGCCAUGAACCUCGGCAUGAUGGCGUCGUACGACCAGGCCAAGGAGAUGAUUGCGGCCCGGUACGGCCACAGCUUUACGACGAAUAUGGGCGCGAGCGCCGUCUCGGGCUUUGCCUGUGCCUUCACGUCGCUGCCGUUCGACCUCGUCAAGUCGCGCCUCAUGAACAUGAAAGCAGACCCCGUGACGGGCCGCAACCCCUACACGGGCGUGACCGACUGCUUCAAGCAGAUCGUGACGAAAGAAGGGCCGGCCAAGCUCUGGCGCGGCUACUGGACGUACUACACGCGGUGCGCGCCCAACGCGAUGAUCGUGCUGCUCGUCGUGGAGCAGCUCAAUGCGGCCUACAAGAAGGCGUUCCUCGACUAG